AUGAAAGAAGCUAAACCUGCAAAAACACCCCUUCCAGCAGGCUCUCAACUGUCACAACAGCAUAGGGAUCCCUUGGAGAAUGCUACUAAGUAUAGGCAGCUUGUUUGGGCAUUACAAUACCUCACUUUAACAAGACUAGACAUCAGUUUCUCUAUCAAUCAGUUGUGUCAAUUCAUGCACAACCCCACAUUUGCACAUGGGACAACAGCUAAAAGAGUUUUGAGAUAUCUCAAAGGCUCACUUAAUCAUGGUCUCAUGUUCACUAAAGGAUCUCUCACACUCAAUAUUUAUCGUGACUCAGAUUGGGCAGGGAACCCAGAUGAUAGAAGGUCUACAAUAGGCUAUGCCAUAUACCUUGGGCCAUGUCUCAUCAGCUGGAGUGUAAAGAAGCAAACUGUGGUAAGCACAUCCAGCAUAGAAGCUGAGUACAGAUCACUUGCACUCACUAAUGCUGAACUAUAUUAG